ACGAGGCAAACGAAUACAAAACCAGUAUCGAAUCAAAACCCGGAGGAACCGACAUAAGCUUCGUAAACAUUAGUGUGAGAGAAAUCUUGAGUUCUUGAGAGAAAAUCGAAAUCGAGUAAGAGUGAGAGGGAUUUGAUCGCUAAAACUUCUCAGAUCUCACUGCCAUGGCGAUUUCAUCAAGUCUCUCUCAUCUCUUCCAAAUCAUCUUCAUCAUUUCCCUUUUCGUCAUAUUCACUUCUGCUGAGAUUCGUUCUUCUGAGAUUCGUUCUGAUGAUAGAUCAAUCAUCCCCUUUGAUGAAUUCGGUUUCACACAUACAGGUCGGUUAGAACUAAACGUAUCACACAUUACUUUAUCGAACCCUAACCCUGAAUUAGAUCUUUCACAAAUAGGGUUUUUCUUAAGUACAAGAGAUUCAUGGAUUCAUGUUCUUCAGCAAAUUCAAGAUCUCGAUAUUACAUGUGCACUUCAAUCAGAACUUGUUAAAGUGGUAUAUACUUUUGAUAAACUCAAAGGAGCAAAAGAAUUAGGGAUUGUGUAUUCUGAAUCGGAGUCUAAUCAAUUUACUCUUGUUUUUGCUAACUGCUUACCUCAACUUCAAGUAUCAAUGGAUGUUAGAUCUGAGAUGUACAAUCUUGAUGGAAAGAAUAGUAAUCGUGAUUACUUAUCUGCUGGAAAAACUGUUCUACCUAGGGUUUAUUUUCUUUUCUUUUUGGCGUAUUUUUCACUAUCAGUUAUUUGGGUUUAUUUUCUAUACAAGAAAAGAUCAACAGUUUAUCAUAUACAUUACUUUAUGUUAGCUGUUUUGAUAUUGAAAUCGUUGAAUUUGCUAUGCGAAGCUGAAGAUAAAUCAUAUAUUAAACGGACUGGUAGUGCUCAUGGUUGGGAUGUUUUGUUUUACAUUUUCAGUUUUUUGAAAGGUAUUACACUUUUCACUUUGAUUGUAUUGAUUGGUACUGGAUGGUCAUUCUUGAAACCCUAUUUACAAGAUAAGGAAAAGAAAGUAUUAAUGAUUGUAAUCCCUCUUCAAGUUGUUGCGAAUAUUGCUCAAGUUGUGAUUGAUGAAAGUGGGCCUUACGCUCAAGAUUGGAUUACAUGGAAACAAGUUUUUCUACUCGUGGAUGUUGUUUGUUGUUGUGCGGUGCUUUUCCCGAUUGUUUGGUCGAUUAAGAAUCUCCGAGAAGCUGCUAGAACUGAUGGGAAAGCUGCUGUGAAUUUGAUGAAAUUAACAUUAUUCAGGCAUUACUACAUUGUUGUUAUUUGCUACAUAUAUUUCACAAGAGUUGUGGUAUAUGCAUUGGAGACAAUUACCUCGUAUCGAUACCUUUGGACUAGUGUUGUAGCGGGGGAGUUAGCUACAUUGGCUUUCUAUGUGUUUACAGGGUAUAAAUUUAGGCCUGAAGCUCAUAAUCCAUAUUUCAUGAUUGAUGAUGAUGAAGAAGAAGCUGCAGCUGAAGCUUUGAAACUUGAAGACGAAUUUGAAUUGUGAUUAUUUCGCAAUACUGGAAAAAUGACAAAGUGUGUGAUGCCUCAGAUGAUUAUACUGGGACAUCAAUGUGUUAUCAAGGAUUUUGGAAGGUUGAGCUAGCCAGGUAGGAAUAUGGUAUGUUUACGUACUAUUCUAUCUUUUAGGGAUGCCAUAAUACUUCUGUAGUUAUGUGUGAUCUUUCACUUAUGUUAUUCUUCGUUUAUCACUGUAUUUUUGUACUCAAAACAGCUUGGUUUCGUUACUUUGUCUGUUUGUUCAUAUGUAACGCGUGAAACCAAUAUACAAUCCUUUUGGCAUACUCUUUCUAUAUGUUCGCUAUAUACAUGCAUCAACAUUAGAUUCCAA